UCUGGAAGUACUGUAAAAAAAGAAAGCACUGUAGCAUGUUUUUUAAUUAUACUCGUAUAAAGUUGUGUCGAUUGCCCAAGAACAACAAUUUGUCAAAAGUGUUUUAACGCAUAAUGCCAAAAUCAGCCGUUUUGUUCGAUAUUGUUUUGUGAUUCUAAUUGAUUCUAAAAUAGAAUAGAUUGUAAAUCACACAAAAUCAUCAAAAUGUAAACAAUAAUAUCAUGAGCAGAUAUUGCUUCGCGUCCCAAUUUUAUAAACAACACUGUAACUCAACGGCGGAGCAUUUUAAAGAGAGCGGCGUAGCGAUUAACUCAUCUGAUCCACUCACGAAUUCGCUCUCACUUAACAAAUUGAGCACUGUUGCGAUCAUAUGUUUUUGACAAUUCACCCAUUCCGUGACAUUCUGAUUGGACAAAUUGCUUUUCCGUCGUCACUGAACCACUUGUUGGAUUUUGCUGUUCCGUCUCGGUACAAUUUUCACUUCGAUAUUUCCCGGUAAAAUUUCGUGUUUCCGCAGUAAAAAUAUGCUUAGUUACUAGGUGAUUACGGAAAUAUAUUGCGUGAUUACAUAUUUGUUGUGAAAUCGCUAGUUAAACUAUGAAAUUCAAAGCAGUUGUAUGGCAGUCGAGCGGGCGUGUGUGUGUGAUAUAGUGAAUGCCUAAAAGCCAGUUCGCACGGUACUGGUACACAUAUACAUCCAUAUAUAAGUACAAAUAUAUAAGUAAAAGAAAAUCUACAAGUGUUAACCAAGCCUCAAAGGGCUAUCAGAGAUACAAAUAUAUAAUAUACACUUAUAUAUAUACAUGUAAUAUAUAGAAAAUAUUUUGUGAAAUAUCUCACAAAGCUACAAAUGAACGAUUGUAUGCUGUAUUGCAAAUGUUGCAGUUUAAGUGAAAAACGCUUUCUGAGAACGAGGUGGGUGUGUUAGCGGCAAGUCAGCUGGAACGUAACCGGGUCACUUUCGACAUAGCCAUAAUAUGGCGACGACAAACACAUAUUCACGGAAUUAUUUUUCUCUAACUAGAUAUGUUGUUUUGUUUAUGUGCCACACAUUCGUCAUUUGCCGCGUUUGUUCCACCAUUCGUUCUGUGAGCGUUUAUUUUUAAAUUCAAAGCAAAUACUACAUUGAUCACUUGCAUUGUUUUGUUUAUCGUAGCUUCUGUGCCUUAAGUGCAAAAAUGAAAUAGCAAAAGUAGCUUGGGAGAUCUGUCCGGUAAAUAACAUACAUUCAAGUUUUCAAGUGCAAUUACUUUUGUGUUAAAUAAUAAUUUUAAGUAAUAAAGUUUCCAUAAAUAUUCAUUCCAUAAACAUUCCAAACCAACCUCAACAAUUGGCAGAACACUUUAAAUAAAAUACAUUGUAAGUAUAUGUGCAUUUCCAACAUUUUUUCCUGUUUUGUUAAAAAGUUUGUGGGCGUGACAAUACUAUUAUUCCGCCCACCUGGAAUACCCAACUCCCUUAGUUGUUGGAAUCUUGAAUGGAUAAUCCAAAGGGUUCAUAUAGGCCUUAGCCGAAAUGCUCAUUUAAAAUUUAAGUUCUCAAUCGACUGAUGGCUUCUCAGAGCGGAUGUUUAUGUUUCCUUUGUUCUACAUCUCUUAAUCAUUUAAAGUUGGAGUGGACUAAAAAUCAACAGACCCCGAAUAAAAGCAUAUAUUCGGUGCAUAUUAGGCUGUGUAAUUUUUAAGCGACUUUUAUUUUUCAACAAAAAAAAGCAGACUAAAAACUUUCAAACCUAAAGACAAGACACUAGGGGAAGGUAUAGAAAACGGACGAGCAAAAUUAUGAUUAACAGAGGCAUCAACUAGUCUGCAGCUUUGUUUUCCCCUCUCUUUGGAAAAACUUAAAAGGGCGCAGCUUGUUACCAGAUGGCCAUACUGAAGAAGAAAAAACGGCAUUAAAAAAAGCCAAUUAAAGCUGAGUUUCCAAAGAAAAGUUUGCACACUUAGUACGCUGAACCGACUGCAGCAACAGUUAUUGCCAUAACUCGAGGAAUUCUGCUGCGUCUUUCGUCUAAUUCCUCGCUUUUCCGCCUGCCAUUGUUUCUGGCACAUUUUCUGCGUCUUCGUUGGGCCCGCACAGCCAUACACACACACUAACAAGCAAGCGAACUCAUAUGUGAUAUUUAACGAGAAGAAGAAUAAGAAGAAGCGCCAGGAUAAUCGAGCAUAGUAAGUACCUUGUGCUUGCGAGGCGUAUUGGGCUUCAAGCACGGUCAUUAGCAGUCACCCCACCGGCACGCCCUCUUUCAACACAAUGGGUGACAAUAUAAUUGGCUCGGCGAGCUUCCUGCAUUUGGGCGAUAUUGUGUCGCUAUACGCGGAGGGCAGUGUUUGCGGCUUUCUCAGCACACUCGGCCUGGUCGAUGAUCGCACAGUGGUAUGUCCGGAGGCGGGUGAUUUGAAUUAUCCGCCUAAGAAGUUCAGAGAUUGUCUCAUAAAGGUUUGUCCUAUGAACCGUUACUCUGCACAAAAGCAGUUCUGGAAAGCCGCCAAGCAGUCAGCCAGCUCCAACACAGACACAAAUCUCUUAAAACGUUUGCAUCAUGCUGCGGAGAUUGAAAAGAAGCAAAAUGAUACCGAAAACAAGAAACUGCUAGGUACCGUUGUGCAAUAUGGCAGCGUCGUGCAGCUACUCCAUCUCAAAUCAAACAAAUAUCUAACUAUGAAUAAGCGACUGCCUUCAUUAUUGGAGAAGAAUGCAAUGCGUGUCUACUUGGACGCCAAUGGUAAUGAGGGUUCUUGGUUCUACAUAAUGCCUUUCUAUAAGCUACGUUCCGCGGGCGAUAAUGUUGUGGUCGGUGACAAAGUCAUACUGAAUCCCGUAAAUGCUGAGCAACAAAACCUACAUGUAGCCUCCAACUAUGAGUUACCAGACAACCCUGGCUGUAAGGAGGUAAACGUGCUUAACUCCUCCACCUCAUGGAAGAUCACGCUCUUCAUGGAGCACAAAGAGAACCAAGAACACAUUUUGAAAGGUGGCGAUGUGAUACGUCUGUUUCACGCAGAACAAGAGAAAUUUCUCACCAUGGACGAGUAUAAAAAGCAGCAGCAUGUCUUCUUGCGUACGACGGGACGUACAAGUGCGACGGCGGCUACGAGCAGUAAGGCGCUUUGGGAGGUCGAGGUUGUGCAACAUGACUCAUGUCGCGGCGGUGCUGGGCACUGGAACUCCUUGUACCGUUUCAAGCAUUUGGCCACUGGCUAUUAUCUGGCCGCCGAGCUGGAAUCGGUUGGCAGCACGACGUUGAUUCAUUCUCUGGACGGCAAUGGACUAGAUACGUCAUUAAAAGAGUCAGAGAAGAGCAAAUGCGAACGCUAUCGCCUGGUGCCAGUCCCAUACUCCACUGAAAUCGCAUCGGUAUUCGAAUUAGACCCCACAACGAUGGCGCGCGCCGACAGUCUUGUGCCGCAAUCGAGUUAUGUGCGUUUGCGGCAUUUGUGCUCGAACACUUGGGUGCAUGCCACCUCCAUACCCAUCGAUAUUGACGAUGACAAGCCGGUGAUGUCAAAGGUCUGCUGUUCGCCCAUCAAAGAGGAUAAAGAAGCCUUCGCGCUCAUACCAGUCUCACCCGUGGAGGUGCGCGAUUUGGAUUUUGCAAAUGAUGCUUGCAAGGUGUUGGAUACCGUUACAAGCAAGUUGGUAAACGGCAGCAUUUCCAUAAAUGAGCGCCGCUCGUUGAUAGCAUUACUGCAGGAUAUUGUUUUCUUCAUUGCUGGCAUGGAGAAUGAACAGAACAAGGCGAAGGCGUUGGAAUUAACAAUUAAAAAUCCAAUACGCGAUCGUCAAAAACUGUUGCGCGAACAAUAUAUCCUUAAGCAGUUGUUUAAAAUUCUGCAUGGUCCCUUCCAGGAGCAUCCAAGCGGUGAAGCACCCUUUCUACGUCUAGAUGAGCUAAGCGAUCCGAAAAACAGUCCUUAUAAGAACAUCUUUCGCUUGUGCUAUCGCAUACUGCGUUUGUCGCAGCAGGACUACCGUAAAAAUCAGGAAUAUAUAGCCAAGCACUUUGGUCUCAUGCAAAAGCAAAUCGGCUAUGACAUUCUAGCGGAGGACACGAUCACCGCACUGUUGCACAACAAUCGCAAAUUGUUGGAGAAACACAUAACCGCGGCAGAGAUUGAGACCUUUGUAGGCCUUGUCCGCAAGAAUAUGCUUAACUGGGAUUCACGCUUUCUCGACUAUCUCUCCGAUUUGUGUGUUUCGAAUCGCAAGGCGAUCGCUGUGACGCAGGAGCUCAUUUGUAAGAGUGUGCUUAGCUCAAAGAACGCGGAUAUCCUUAUAGAGACUCAAAUCAAACAUUUUAAAGCGCCAUUAGGCGAUAUGUAUCGUAGUGCUGCCGAGGAUUCCUAUUCACUGAGCACACUAACGGAAGUGUUGGACGACGAGGAAAAGUCUGAUUUGAUCUCGAAUUCAACUACAACGACAAGUUGGGAUACAACAAGUUUAAAUGAUGCCCCCGAGAUUGAGGAGAAAUAUGAGAUACAUUUGAAAUGGCGUGGCCAACCUAGUUCACGUUCCAUGGGCGAUUUGGCCGAUUGUGCUGCUCAAGGCAAGGAGGAAGAGGCUGCCAUACUGAAUUACUAUCGCCAUCAAUUGAAUCUCUUUUCGAACAUGUGUUUGAAUCGCCAGUACUUGGCGUUGAACAUUUUAUCGCCACAUCUGGAUAUUGAUUUGAUACUCAAAUGCAUGUCCGAUGAGACAAUGCCAUAUGAGCUGCGCGCCUCAUUCUGUCGCCUAAUGCUGCACUUGCAUGUUGACCGUGAUCCACAAGAGCCGGUGACGCCGGUUAAAUAUGCGCGUCUCUGGAGCGAAAUACCAUCAAAAAUGUCGAUACUAGACUACGAUGGCAAAAACCAGCAACCUGAUCAAAACAAAGAAGCUGUGCGUGCCAAAUUCAACACGACAAUCGCCUUCGUGGAGAAUUAUCUCUGCAACGUGGCCACCAAGGUGUGGCUAUUCACCGACCAAGAGCAAAAUAAACUAACUUUUGAGGUGGUAAAAUUGGCACGCGAUCUAAUCUACUUCGGCUUCUACAGUUUCAGCGAUCUGCUGCGCCUGACCAAAACUCUGCUCUGCAUAUUGGAUUGUGUGUCGGAAACUGGUAUGGACGGCGCAACACCCGGGCGCUUUGUUAAUACGGAUAUUGACUCGGAAGGAGGCGUUCUACGUUCCAUCGGUGACAUGAACACAGUAAUGACUUCGUUAGCGCUCGGUUCCGUCGGUCAAGCGAUCGCCUCACCCGCCUCACUGGCGCUGCAACAUCGCAAGUCUGUUUCGCAGAUGCUGAAGGAGUAUCCACUGGUCAUGGAUACCAAGUUGAAGAUAAUUGAAAUUCUACAAUUCAUACUUGACGUACGUUUGGAUUAUAGAAUCAGUUGCCUCCUAUCGAUAUUCAAGCGCGAAUUUGAUGAGACUGAAGUUAGCGCAGCCGCGGCAGCAGCAGCAGCAGCUGCGGCGGCCCAGAACACAGGCACAGGGGAGUGUACGCCAAGCGAUGGCAACGUUAGUAGUGGCGAGACAAGUAGCAAGAAUGCGGCGCUGAUGGAGGCUGCGGCCGCAGCAGCUGCUGCGCUAAGUACACGUCAGAAGAAUAUCGAUUUGGAGUCAAUUGGUGUGCAGGCAGAGGACAUUUUCGACUGUGAAAGCGGCGAUGCGUCGAAUUUAGAUUUGGAUGGCCAGGGUGGGCGCACUUUUCUGCGCGUGCUGCUCCAUCUCAUCAUGCACGACUAUCCGCCGCUAGUGUCAGGCGCACUGCAUCUGCUCUUCAGGCACUUUAGUCAGCGGCAGGAGGUAUUACAGGCUUUCAGACAGGUGCAAUUGCUUGUGUCCGAUAGUGACGUAGAGUCUUAUAAGCGCAUUAAACUGGACUUGGAUAUUCUGCGACAGAGCGUUGAAAAGUCCGAGCUGUGGGUCUAUAAGCCGAAAACCACGGAUGACUACAAUACUACUGCUGAGCGCUCUUCUGACCCGGCUAUUGAUGUCUCCAACUUGAGCAAUGAAUAUCGUGCAUCAUUGUCAAAUGAGCAGCUAAAUGAGUACAAAAAGGUUAAAGAGAUACUCAUACGAAUGAAUAAGUUUUGCGUCACAUCAGGUCCCAACGUCAAGCCGCGCAAACACGAACAACGCCUUCUCCGCAACGUUGGUGUACAUACAGUUAUUCUCGAUCUGCUGCAGAAUCCGUAUGAUGAAAAGGACGAUGUGCUAAUGAAGGAGCUGAUGUGUUUGGCGCACGAGUUCCUGCAGAAUUUUUGCUUAGGAAACCAACAAAAUCAAGUUUUGUUGCAUAAUCAGUUAGAUUUAUUCCUCAAUCCAGGCAUUCUAGAGGCUAAGACCGUCUGCGCCAUCUUUAAAGACAACCUUGCACUUUGCAACGAAGUCAACGACAAGGUCGUACAACAUUUCGUACAUUGCAUUGAGAUCCAUGGCCGCCAUGUUGUAUAUUUGCAAUUCCUUCAAACAAUCGUUAAAGCUGAGAAUCAAUUCAUACGUAAAUGUCAAGAUAUGGUUAUGCAAGAGCUGAUAAAUGCCGGCGAAGAUGUACUCGUGUUCUACAACGACAAAAGUUCUUUUAAUCAGUUCGUCUCCAUGAUGCAGAGUGAAAAGUCGCCACUGGAUGACUCUAGUCCACUGCGCUAUCAUGUGGAACUUGUUAAGCUGCUCGCCUGUUGUACCAUGGGCAAAAAUGUCUACACAGAAAUUAAAUGCAACAAUUUGCUCUCACUGGACGAUAUAGUAACAAUUAUUUGCAAUCCUGCUUGCAUACCCGAAGUGAAGGAAGCUUAUGUUGAUUUUCUGAAUCAUUGUUACAUUGAUACCGAGGUAGAGGUUAAGGAGAUUUAUUCCUCGAGUCACAUGUGGAAUUUGUUUGAGAAAUCUUUCCUAGUUGAUAUCAACCAACUGAUUGCCAUCGGCGCCAAUGCCGAUAAGACACUGCUCAAUUAUGUAUUGAGCGGUGUGACGAAUGUGUUGAAUACCUUCUUCUCCAGUCCCUUCUCCGAUCAGAGCACCAUCGUGCAAACGCGUCAGAUGAUUUUCGUUCAGAUACUGCAAGCCACCUAUCGCUUAACACAGUGCAAGUGGCUGUCACUGGCCGAUCGCUUUAAUGUCGAGAACUGCGUUCGUACGUUGGCUGAGUCGGCGAAGACGCGUAAUAUUGCGAUUCCGCUCGACUUGGAGCAACAGGUGGUGUCGAUGUCUAGCAAAACAGCCUUGUUGACGCGUCAGACCACCAAAUGGCUAUUGGCCUCGAAGCAGCCAAAAUAUGAGACGCAGCUCUCGGCAAAUUUAAUGCGUUUGGACCGUUCUAUUAUAGAGGGCUUGCAAGAUAUUGUGUCGCUGUUGGAAGAUCAACUGAAGCCGGUGGUGGAGGCGGAGUUGUCGUUGUUAGUCGACAUUCUGUACAGAUCGGAGUUACUCUUUCCGCCCGGCACCGAGGCGCGUAAAAGUUGCGAAAGCGGCGGUUUUAUUAGAAAGCUAAUCAAGCACACUGAGAAGUUGCUGGAGGAGAAGGAAGAAAAGCUAUGUGUAAAGGUGUUGCGUACGCUGCGCGAAAUGAUGGCAAUCGAUGUGAAUUACGGUGACAAAGGAGAUGCUCUGCGCAACACACUGCUAAUGCGGUACUUUGAUCGGAAGGGGGGCGGGGGAAGUGGUGGAAUUAUAAGCGGUGUUGGUGGAGGUGGCGCUAGUGGUAUAAAUAUUGGAAUCGGGAUUGAUAGCCGUGGCAUUGGAGGGCUAGGAGCAAAGGCAAUCGAAGGCAAGUCUGCACUGCAAGAUGGCACUGACGCUAUUUUAAUUGAGCAACAGAAACGUGUUCAUCUUGUAACCCACGGCCCGGGCGCCAAGUAUCUUCAGCGCGCUGGUAAAACUCUACAUGAAGUUCAAAAUCAUCUAGAUCGGGAAGGCGCCUCUGAUUUGGUCAUUGAACUCGUAAUAAAGUCCGUACACUCGCCCUCAAUUUUCGUGGAAGCUGUUGAACUGGGCAUUGCGUUACUCGAGGGCGGCAAUCCUAUCAUACAGAAGGGCAUGUAUCAAAAAUUUCUCAGUGGCGACUUCAAUCAAGCAUUCUAUAAAGUUUUCUUCGAGAAAAUGAAGGACGCUCAACAAGAAAUAAAGUCGACGGUGACGGUUAAUACCUCAGAUAUUGCGGCGAAGGCUCACGAAAACAAGCAGGAUGUUAAUCUGGAACUGGACAAAAUAGCGCGUAAACAUGGCGUAAAAAGUAAUGGUGUUGUUAUCACCGAUGAGCUAAAAAAGGAAUUGCAUAAUGCAGGUCUUGCAACAGCUCGCGCCUACGGCAACGCACGAAGUAUUCAUCCGGGUGAUGAAAACUCUGCCAUUAGCAUUAAUAGCCCAUUGGAAGACAUACUCGCCGAGAAGCUAGAAAAGCACAAAGACAGCAAGGACGAUCGCAAUAAGAUUUCGAAUAAAGUGUUGGUCAUGCAACCGAUUCUACGUUUCCUGCAAUUACUCUGCGAGAAUCAUAAUCCCGAUCUGCAAAAUUUAUUACGAAAUCAAAACAACAAAACCAACAAUAACCUCGUCUCUGAAACCUUAAUGUUUCUGGAUUGUAUUUGCGGCUCAACGACCGGUGGAUUGGGCUUAUUGGGGCUAUAUAUCAACGAAAACAAUGUCGCAUUGAUCAACCAAACUUUGGAAACACUUACCGAAUACUGUCAGGGGCCCUGUCAUGAAAAUCAAAAUUGCAUAGCGACGCACGAGUCCAACGGUCUCGACAUCAUAACAGCACUAAUACUUAACAACAUUAAUCCGCUCGGCGAAAACCGUAUGGAUCUCGUCUUGGAGCUGAAGAAUAAUGCCUCCAAACUGUUGUUGGCCAUUAUGGAAAGUCGCGGCGACAGUGAAAAUGCCGAACGUAUUUUGUAUAAUAUGAAUCCCAAGCAAUUAGUAGAGGUAGCCUGUAAAGCAUAUCACCAAGAAGAGAUGAUCGACGAUGGUGAUGAACAUGAUGGCAGCGAUGCUGAAGCGGAUGAUGAGGUUUCGGUGAGUCCACGUGAAGUGGGUCAUAAUAUUUACAUUCUUUGCCACCAGCUGGCGCAGCACAACAAAGAGUUGGCGGCGCUACUAAAGGCCUGUGAAGAUCCACAAGCAACCAGCUUUGAUGCGAAAAUGAGUCAGGCCUUAAUGUAUUACGCAACGCAUACAGCACAAAUUGAGAUCGUACGAAAUGACCGCACUUUAGAGCAAAUUGUUUUUCCGAUCCCCGAAAUAUGCGAAUACUUGACGACAGACACGAAAAUAAAAAUUUUGAACACAGCUGAACGCGAUGAUCAGGGCUCGAAAGUCGCGGAUUUCUUUGAUAAGGCCGAGGAGAUGUUCAAUGAAAUGAAGUGGCAAAAGAAGUUGAGAGGACAACCUUUCCUGUUCUGGGUCAGCAGCUAUAUGUCAUUAUGGAGCAAUAUACUAUUUAAUUGUGUGGUUGUUAUAAAUCUAAUUGUAGCAUUUUUUUAUCCGUUCGACAAUACUGUACCGGAGCUUAGUUCACAUAUUUCCUUACUCUUCUGGGCCAUUUUGUUGUUCUCAUUGGCUAUUGUUGUAACGCUACCACGUGAAUCAGGAAUUCGUACUUUAAUUGGCUCCGUGAUAUUACGUUCCAUUUUUCUAAUUGGUCCAGAAUCUACGCUCUGUCUGUUGGGAGUAGUGACGGUGACAUUGAAGAGCGUGCAUAUCGUAAGCAUUAUGGGCAACAAUGGCACGUUGGAGAAGAAUUUCCUCAAGAUAAUCACAGAUAUGCAGCUACUGUAUCACUGCAUAUACAUGUUCUUCUGUUUUUGUGGACUGAUUUUUCAUCCCUUCUUCUACUCGCUAUUGCUAUUCGAUGUUGUAUAUCGUGAAGAAACUCUGGUGAAUGUCAUACGCUCCGUCACACGCAACGGACGCUCAAUCGUUUUAACAGCAGUCUUAGCUCUGAUUUUGGUUUAUCUAUUUUCCAUCAUUGGUUAUAUGUUCUUUAAGGACGACUUUCUUGUCGAAGUGGAUGCUGAUGAGGGGCAGACGAGUUCAACGACGACAUCGGUGCCAGAUAUUACCAUGUCGAUGGCGGCGAAUGGCGCUGAAAGCUCCUGUAGCGCGCCAGAUACUUUUAAGAAGGGAAUAUUUUGUGCUGGUGGCGGCAAUGGUGGCGCUGAAGCUAGUUCUACCACCACUGCUGUCAGUGGCGGUUGUGGUGGAGAUGCAAAGGAACGUUCUUGCGACUCUUUAGUUAUGUGUAUUGUUACCACACUGAAUCAGGGUUUGCGAAAUGGUGGCGGUAUCGGCGAUAUACUACGCGCACCGUCCAGUAAGGAAAGUCUCUUCGCCGCACGAGUCAUCUACGAUUUGCUUUUCUUCUUCAUCGUCAUCAUAAUCGUGUUGAAUUUAAUUUUUGGCGUUAUCAUAGACACUUUUGCCGAUUUGAGAAGUGAGAAGCAGCAAAAAGAGCUCAUCCUCAAGAACACCUGCUUUGUUUGCGGCCUUAAUCGUUCGGCAUUCGACAACAAAACCGUCAGUUUUGAAGAGCACAUCAAAAGUGAACACAAUAUGUGGCAUUAUUUGUACUUUAUAGUGUUGGUGAAGGUGAAGGAUCCCACAGAGUUCACCGGACCCGAGAGUUACGUAUACGCAAUGGUGAAAGCAGGUAUUUUGGAUUGGUUUCCACGUCUGCGCGCCAUGUCGCUGGCCGCCGUCGAUGCCGACAGUGAGCAAAUCGAGUUACGCAGCUUGCAGGCUCAGCUGCCGGAGAUGCAAUUGCUCAUAACAAGCUUGUCGCAGCAGUUGCACGAACUGAAGGAUCACAUGACGGAGCAGCGUAAGCAAAAGCAGCGCUUGGGAUUACUCAAUACAGCGCCGAGCAAUCUAUUGGCGUGUUAUCAGUUGCGCGACGCGAACAGUUUGUCGUGAAGUGUGUCAGCAACAGUUAGUGGUAUAUGAGUUAUGUAACGGAUUAAGCAAUAAUACACAAUGUGGAAAUGUUAAUUAAGACCUUGACAAGGUUUCUCUUUUUGACUUUUGUUUUUUUUUGUUUUGUGUUUCACAAAAUUUCUCGAGCUUCGGCUCUAGUGGUAGUUAUUAUGUGCAAGCGAAGCAAUCAACGUAGCGUAAGGCAACAAAUACAAGUUUCGAAAAUAAUAUUAACUCGGCACACACAAAUGUUUUUAAAACAUAUAAAUAAUUGUAUGUAUUCUUACAUGUGUGGGUGUGUGUGUAAUUAUGGUGUAAAAUGUCUCUCUUCCUUACAUUUAAGUAUAAAGUUUUCAAAUUCAUGUCCGCUGCGCAUUAUUUAGUUGUAGAUUUAUUUAAAAUUGCAAACUCUUAUUUUCUUCACUUGCCUUCUCUUUUGUCUCGAUCGUAUUUUGCGAAUUAUUUAUACAUUUGCGGAAACUUUUUUGAUUUUUUACCUAUCGAACACUGACUUGUAGCACACCUACAUAUUUUCUCGCUUCUUAAACAAAACACUACAUACAAACUUACAUUUUUAAACUUGAACUGUUGUCAACUAUCUACAAAAAUGCCAAUAAUUUACUAGGGAUACCAUCGUAUCUCAUCUCUCCAUAUUUUACAUACAUAUACAUAUAUAUGUAUAUAUUUUUUAAAGCAAAAACUCUCUACUAAAAUGUGAUCUUUUCGACUUUUUACUUAAAUUCGUCAACAAUCACACUACGUGUCCUUCCCAACCUCUACUGAAGUGUAUUCAAACUAACUGCUGUGGUCUCUAUUGUACUUUUUUAUUUACAUACAAUACAUUUCUAUUUACAAACAAUAUUUUACAUACAUAUACAUACCGAUAUAUUAGUAGAUUUGACAAAUUUUCGAAGUACUUUAAUUAAAAUUAAUUAUAAACUAAAAUUGUAGUUUAGAGUAAACUUAUGGAGACUAAUUUUUAGCUCAAUUAAUAUUAAUAAUAUUGAUUAUAUUACUUAAAUAUAUUGAAAAUGUAAUAAACAUACUUACAUACACAUAUGUAUAUAUAUAUAAUUAUAAUGAAUAUGCAGUUACGGAAUUCUAUUGAAAAAUUUAAUAAAAUUGUAGUCAAUCA